CACAUCCAAACAUGGCAGCUUACUUGAGCCGGCUACACCACAUUUCGCUCCACGUUUCAAACGUUGAGAAAAUAACAAGUGACCUUGUCUCUAAAUUCAAAUUUAACUUAUUUGCAACCAGACUAACCGACAGGUCCAGGCAGCUUGCUUUCAGAAAAGGUGCAGCGGUUUUCGUUGUUAAUGAGAGACCAACUCGGGGUGAUGUAAGGUUGAAUGAAGAACUCGAAGGCACCACUGAAGGAUAUUCAGCUGGUCCACACCGGGAUAACGCUGGGAAAUACAACCAGGAUGCCUCCACGAAAUGUCUUUACGACGUGAGCCCACAUUACUCAGUGGAUACUGUAAGUAACGUGUGUUUUGAGGUGGAGGAUGUGGAAAGGUCAUUCAAAACUCUUCGCCAAAUGGGCUGCAAUUUCCUGGUUCCUCCCACAACAGUGCAGGACGAGAGUGGGCAUGUCACCUACUCAGUGGUGAAAUCUAUUGUGGGAAAUGUAUGCCACACACUUAUUGACAGGACAAAGUAUGAGGGGAGCUUCCUGCCUGGGUUUGAUGUCAUUGAAAAAGACGGCAGCCUGAAUGAAGAGGAUAUAUCUUGCCCCAUCACACAUUUCGAUCACAUAACUUAUGCCUGCCCGAGGAAAACAACCCACCAGGUCAUGAGGUGGUAUGAGAAGCUCUUUGGGUUUCAGAGGUUUUUCAUUGAGAGUAAUGAAGAUGUGGAUGAAGGCUUUGUCGUAAAUCAGGAGGGUAUCGGUCUACGUCUCACUGCUAUGGAGUACUGGAAAUGCAGCAAAGCAGGCAUCGCUCUCCCCUCUGUAAACAAAAAUGAACCCGACUGCAAGUUUGUCAUUGCAGAAUCUCUGCCUGAACAAGGCAGGAAUCAGGUCGACACCUUCUUGGAGAAGCACAGAGCCCCAGGAAUCCAGCACAUUGGGCUGUACACAAACAACAUUGUUUCUACAGCGCAUGUGAUGGCUGAGGCUGGGGUCCAGUUCUUCUCCCCUCCUCUCACCUACUACACUGAGGUGGGAAAACAGCAAGAGAUAGAGGAGGCAGGGCAUGACCCCCAGGUUCUGGCACAGCAUGGCAUUCUCCUAGACACAGACCUGCACCAGGACCCCUCGUCACAGUCAACACCCAGUGAAAAUAAAAGGUACCUUCUCCAGGUGUUCACCAAACCAAUCUUUGAAGAGGACACCUUCUUCCUGGAGCUGAUAGAGCGAAGAGGAGCGACGGGUUUUGGCGAGGGAAACAUCAGGGCGCUGUGGAGGUCGGUGCAGGCGCACAUGGAGAACCAAAGGGUGGAUUCUCACGGAGCAUAAUCCUCCCCUCCCUGUUUACCAUUAGUCACUCCAACUACCUUUAACAGGGGCAAAUUUAUGUCAUGUUAUUUUUAUAUAACAAUGUGAGAGCACUUAUGAGAGAGAAAUGUGUAAAGUGUUAGAAUGAUGUAACUUAUGUACAAGAAAAGUUUACAACAAGUGCUUUGAACAUCAGUUGUGGAUUUAGUGAAACAUAUCAUGUUAAUAUCAUGUUGCACUGCUAACUCAUCAGAAAUCAUUAACUGUAAUAAUAUCUCACUUUGGGGACAAAUAUAAAACAUUUAACUGCACUGAGAAAAGAAAUGGGACAAAAUAAAACAAGUAACAAACUGUACUUGAAAUAUUGAAACAAAAAUACUCUGUUAACAGUAAAAAGAAGUCUUUGUGUUUUAACUGUGUCAAAGGAAAGCGACUGACUGACUCCUGAGCAACUGUUCCUCAAUAAAUCUGUUCCUCACA